GUACCUAUAUAAUAUUAAGUCUAUGGUUUUCCCAAUAUUUUCCUAGAAUUCUCGAUUUAAAAUGGAUUUAAAAUUAUUUAAUUAUAAUUGUUUAACUUAAAAUAAUUUAAACUAGGUUGUGUGGCUAAUACAAAUUACAGAUAUUUUGUAUGUACCUGCUAUUAGCCCUAGGUGAUAGAGGACAUAAUUUGAAGUCACUAAUCCAAGUCAACUUUAGGAUAAGUAUCUCAAUUUGUAUCAUAAUCAUGUCAAAUAAAGAUACUGUUAUCCUAAACAGCCAGGCAAAAAAAGUAGUAUAUAAUGUAAAUCUUUUCAUGACCAAAUUGGCAGAAAAAGAGUUAAAACAUUGUCCUGAAGAUAUUAUGGAACGUACAGCCAUUGCCACCGGUGUACCCAAAAAAACUUUAUCCAAAGUUAUUUACGAAUUUAAUAAUCCAGACAUAAUAGAAGACAAAGGCCUGGAAAUCAAAACAACUGCAAAACGUUACAAUAUAACCAACACCCUUAAAGCAAAUGUCAGAAAUUGCAUUUUUGAUCACUUUUAUACAACAGAACGCGUGGUACCUACAGUUAAGCAGCUGUAUAAAAAGUUAAAAGAAGACAAUUUGUUCCCAGGAACUAUCAAAACUCUUAAACGCACUUUAAAAGAUUUGGGCUUUACGAAGCUCCGAAUAAAUAAAAAUCUUAAUGUAUUAAUAGAAAAGUCAAAGUUUGUAUUGCCGAGGAUAAAAUUUUGUAAAGCUAUCGAUCAAUGUCGUUCAGAAGGAAGAUCUAUCGUGUAUGUAGGAGUAUCAGCAAUUGGUUAUGUACCAUUAAACACUAAUUCUGAUGACAGUGGAUCACAGAAAACUAAAGUGUCAUCACAAAAAAUUUUCCUUGGACAUGCUAUAUCAACUGAAGGUUACAUUCCAAAUUCCCAAAUCUUGUUUCAGGAAACAACAAGAAAGGCAUUCAAUAAUACUUAUUAUAGGUGGUUGCUUACUCAUGUUGUGCCUAAUCUACCUCCAAAUUCCGUCGUAGUGAUAAACAAUACAGUCUAUAAUAAUAUACUUGAAGAUUAUGUGAUAACAUCAAAUUCUAACAGAUCAGUAAUGGAGGCUUGGCUGAAUGAGCGAAAUAUACCUUUUUCUAAUACUAUGUUCAAACCACAUUUGUAUAAACUGAUUUCGUCUCAUAAAGAUCACCAGAUACAGUAUAAAGUUAAUACGAUCAUCGAGAGUGCAGGUCAUGAGGUGUUACGUAUUCCAGAGGUAUAUUCAGACUUGGAUCCGUUGUCUAUAAUAUUUGACGACAUCAGCAAUUUUGUUGACGAUAACAAAGACAGUAUAUCAAGUUAUGUUGACUUUAAAACCCUGAUAAUCGAGAAAUAUGGCAAAAUAUCUUCGAUUGAGUGUAAAAUUUUAUUCGCGAAGGUAAAAAAGAAUGAGGAGAAGUAUAAUAGGAUUGAUCAUUUAGUUGACGACUUGACGGACGAAUUGGCAGAUCAAGUCGUUGAAGACGAGAGUCGUGGAGAGUUCGCAGAUAUGAUGUACUCUGACUUGGAUGAUUCCGAUUGCUCAAUGGAUAUUCCAAUUAUGGAAGUGGAAGUUAAAUAUGAAGCACUAGAACAGGAAAAGUCAGAUAUAGUCGUAAAGGAAGAAGUUGUUGAAAUUAAAUAUGAACCUGAUGAUCCCCUGAAAAUGUCCUAAAAUAAACAAGUCUGCUGCUGAUAAAAGCUGUGCUGGGUUUGUAAGGAACUUUUCUAUUUUGUGUGACUGUUACCUCCGUAUAAAAUAAUAUGUACAACCAUAAUGACUUAGAUCAGCGGUCGGCAGCACGCGGCCCGCGGGCCACAUGCGGCCCGCGAACGUUUUACUUACGUUACGGCCCGUGAAUGUUUUGUGAAUAAGUUAUAAGUGUAAAAAACAUGUUUUCUAAUAUUUCCAGUAAUUAUCGCAACUUAAAAACGUUGCUGUUUAUGUCAUUUUGUAAUAAAACUUUGUUUAUUUUUCUGAAUGCUAUUAUAUUACUCUCUUACAAAUUUUGACAGCUCACUUUUUACUGGAGCCAUCAGAGAGGUUGAAAGUUUUUUAAAUUGUGGUCUAGAAAACCCCUAAAUAUGCGUAGGUCAUAUCAUAUAUUGGGCUUUAGCGUUAAUACGAGUAUAAGGCCUGCGACCCGCCUUUAGUUUGUUUUGCCACUUUGUGGCCCUUGCCUGCAAAAAGGUUGUCAACCGCUGACUUAGAUAGAUCAGCAUAGAUAUUUUUUUAUAAGGGGGUUAAUUAUACAUAACAUUUUUACUGCUACCAUGGAAAAUAAAGAGUAUUUGUGUACAA